UGAAACCAUUAAAUUGAAAGUACUAAACAGGUGCUCAUUUAAAUUGCUAAUACUAAAGAAGUUACUAAAAAUCAUAUCUCAGUUGGGACUUUCUUAAUUCAUCUUUAGACAAAUUAUGGAUGGUCAGGCACAAAUUAUGGAAGGCACAGAGAGAUCAUUUUCAGAGUUACAGACUCACGGAGCAUUCCAUAAUCAUUUUAUUGAGUCUGUUCAGCCUUUGAUUGAAUUGAUUGACUCUCUGAGGUUGAUUGGCAUUGAUAAGGAUAUGGAUCUACCAUCGAUUGCAGUGGUGGGAGAUCAGAGUUCUGGAAAGAGUUCUGUUUUGGAGGCACUUUCGGGUGUGGCUUUACCACGAGGAAGUGGUAUUGUCACUCGCUGUCCUCUUGAGUUGAAAUUACGAAAGUUAAAAAAAGGACCAUGGUCAGGGGCCAUUUCUUACGGUGGUCACAAAGAGAAUUUUAAUGAUCCAUUAAAGGUGGAUAACCUUGUCAGAGAAGCUCAAAACAAGCUUGCUGGAAAUACAGUUGGAAUCUCAAAUGAACUCAUCUCUUUGGAAAUUGUUUCUCCUGAUGUUUGUGACCUCACUCUGAUCGAUCUACCUGGUAUCACCCGUGUACCUGUUCAUGGUCAACCUGAUGAUAUUGCAGAUCAGAUCAAAAGCCUGAUAUUAAAAUACAUUGCCAAAAGUGAAACAAUCAUUUUAGUUGUUGUGCCCUGCAAUGUUGACAUAGCAACAACAGAAGCAUUAAGAAUGGCACAAGAUGUAGACCCCGAGGGAUACAGAACUCUUGCAAUUCUCACAAAGCCAGACCUCAUUGACAGAGGAGCUGAGAUUGAUGUUUUAAACAUUGUUCAGGGCAAAGUUAUUCCUCUCAGCAAGGGCUAUAUUAUUGUGAGGUGUCGUGGUCAGAGUGACAUCAAUAACAAAAUCCCUCUUUCUAAAGCCAUGGAGAUGGAAAUGCAGUUCUUUAGGAACCACCGAUAUUUCAGGUAAUGAUGUAUUCAUAAUGUAAUACCAGAGGUUUUUACUUAUAUAUUUUUGUUCCACUCAGCAGAAGAUUUUACCAGAGUAGGAACCAAUUCAUUCCUUUCAAAUCACAAAUGUUUUUCGAGUCAAAUCCCAAGUUCUCAAAGAGUUAAAGUUAAUGAGGUAAUUAAGUGACUAAUUAACUG